CUUGCAACUGUACCAUCAACUAAAGUACUAAACAAAACAACCCACCUUAAACAAACGCCUUCAUCAGACCCAAUUCAUAACCAACCAGUCUCUACAAUUUGCAUUCUAAGAUUUCCCGACGAAUAUUCUUCAAUGUUCCCGCCAAAAACCGAUCAGGCCGUUGAGAAGUCCCGCCGUAAGUUGCCUGAGAACGUGAUCGUCGCCGUGAAAGCAGACAACAAGAUCGUCUCAAAGGAAGCUCUGGCUUGGGCUCUUACUCAUGUUGUUCAUCCCUGUGAUUGCGUUAUGUUGCUUGCAGUAUAUUCCAGCGCUAAAUCAACAGGUCAGAAGUUCUGGAGAUGGCGACGGUUAAAUGGAGAUUGCCGGAAAAGUGAAGACUGUGCUAAUUUGCCAGAUCGGAUAUGUCAGAUCUCAGAAACGUGUUCACGGAUGGUUCUUCAGUUUCAAAAUCAGUUUGAGGUGAUGGUGCAAAUCAAGGUGGUGUCGGGUACGCCGGCGGGGGCUGUGGCGGCUCAAGCGAAGUAUAAUGCCGCCAACUGGGUCAUAUUGGAUAAGAAACUAAAACAAGAACUUAAACACUGCAUGGAGGAACUACAUUGCAACAUUGUGGUAAUGAAAGGUUCAGUACCGAAAGUCCUUAAGCUUAAUCUAGCCCGACCCGAUGAGCUCCAAACCCCUUUCUUUUCAGCAGUUUCCUCACCAACUGUCGAUCCAGAAAAACUCUUGGGCCAUGGUGUGAAUCAUUCUACUCCAGUCAGCAGUCCCGAAGAAACUUCUGUAUUUCAUCCGCAAACUUGUAACAAAAAUCUUUUAUCAAACUCUGUCACGUCUUCUGUUUUCCUCGUUUACAAACAAAACCCGCUGUUUGAACACUUGAUCAAAGGAAAACCUUCACAAAUCAAUAAACCCGACAACUAUGGUAAUCCGCAUACUGCAAUGGACUCUUGUGGAGAAAGAAUCAUAUCUCUCUCGCUCAUACCGAAUUCAUCUUCUACGGGCCCUCAAAACAACAUUGUGAAUGACCGGUCCAUCGUUAAUCACAAUUCACAGUUUUCAAAUCCAAAAGACAAGAUAUUUAGCUCCGGGAUUAGAGAAGCGGUCUCUUUGGGUAGAGCAUUGUCGUUACCGCCACCAUUGUGUUCGCUUUGUCAAUACCAAGCACCCGCACUAGUAAAACCACUGAGACAGUUUUUUUACAGUGAGCUUGUAGAAGCCACAGAUGGUUUCUCGGAUCCAAGUUUUGUGGCAGAAGGAAGGUUGUGGGUUGUUUACAAAGGCGUUCUGAAAGACGGGCUUGUCGUUGCAAUUAAACAGUUAAAGUUUUCCGGGUCCAAUGGAGAUGUUGAUUUCUGCAAAGAGGUAAAAGUACUAAGUUGCGCACAACAUAAAAAUGUCGUCUUGUUAGUUGGCUUUUGCAUCGAGAAUAAUCAGAGAUUAUUGGUUUAUGAGUAUGUUUGCAACGGCUCGUUGGACAUUCAUUUACAUGGUAACAAAAGAACAUAUCUAGACUGGCCGUCACGUUUGAAAAUAGCAAUUGGAACAGCAACAGGAUUACGGUAUCUUCAUGAAGAUUGUAGGGUGGGAUGUAUAGUUCACAGAGACAUGCGGCCUAAAAACAUCCUGCUAACUCACGAUUACGAGCCUUUGGUUGCAGACUUUGGGCUUGUUAGCUUACACAGUGAAUAUGAUACAUACGAUGAGGAUCGGGUCAUAGGAACUUCAGGGUAUCUUGCACCCGAAUACUUCAAUGGAGGUAUAGUAACAGAGAAAGUGGACAUAUAUGCUUUUGGGUUAGUACUGUUAGAGCUAAUCACUGGUCGACGAACCAGUGAUUUACAAUGCUACAAAACACAUAAUUUUUGGCAUGAUGUUUACACAUCACAACAAAUGGAACCUGUACAUGUUCUCGCUUAUAAGCAUAAUCUGCUGGACUCGCGCUUAGGAUCGUAUCAACCUCAUAAUAUUCCUCAUGAGUUGCAUGCUAUUGGUCAUGCUGCCACCUUAUGUCUUCAAAAAGAUCCAGAAUUCAGACCACCCAUGUCAAAGGUGCUUAAAGUAUUGGAAGGAGAAACAAGGAAUUACUUGGGUGUAGACCUGCAUUCCCAUGGUAACAGAAGCGGCCGCAUCACACUCAAUGCGCGAAUCGAGAGGAGGGCCCAUUCCCGUAGACUGUCCUACUAAAACGGUGUGUAACCAAAACAUGGGAGUAUAAUGUCUAAGAAAAGAGUGCAAAAAAUGAAAAAUACAAAGAAAAGGAAGAACAGUAGCAGGUUUGAUACUCUACGGCCGCAAGAAUAUA